AUGACCUCUAGCAUCAUGGUAAUUCCCUGGAGAAUCUUCAUCUGUUUCUAUUACUCUGUCAGGUUACUUUCUUCUGUUGCUCUGUGUUCCCCCAGCUCUAGGGAUGAGGCAGUGUCUGAGAGGACCCCUGAGUUGUUGCUUGUUCCUGAGGAUGAGUCCCCUGUGCUACCUCCAGUGUUGCUACUGCCACCAGGUGUAAGAAAUGGCUAUGCCCUCCUGCCACCCCUUCUCAAGGUACUGUCUGACCAGAGACCUCACAGUUGGGAAGGUGAGUCCCCAAGACUCCAACCAGAUUCCAGAGCCCUUAGGUAUAUGAAGCGGCUAUAUAAGAUGUCUGCCACAAAAGAAGGGAUCCCAAAAGCCAACAAAAGUCACCUCUACAACACUGUCUGGCUCCUCACUCCAUGUGCUGAGUGCAAGCACCACCCCAAGGACCAAAUAAAAGAAGACCUUCACUCAGUGGAUCUGCUUUUCAAUCUGGAUCGUGUUACUGCGCUGGAGCAUUUACUCAAGUCUGUCUUGCUCUAUUCCUUUGACAGAUCAGUUUUUAGUUCUUCUGCCAUUACAUGCACGUGCCACGUAGCUGUUAAGGAAAAUGAUCCUUCUGGUCAAGUGUGUCCUAAUGUACUUCAGCCAAUUACUUUUAAUCUGCACUUUGAACUCAGAAGACACAAAUGGAUUGAGAUUGAUGUGACCUCUUUUCUUCAGCCUCUAAUUGCCUCUAACAAGAGGAGUAUCCAUAUAGCUGUGAAUUUCACUUGUCUGAAAGAUGAUCAACACCACAACUCUAACCUGGGAAAUUCCUUUAAUAUGGCAUUGGUGCCCCCUUCUCUUCUCUUGUACCUAAAUGACACCAGUGAGCAAGCUUAUCGCAGGUGGCAUAGAAGGAAAAAUCCAAUGUGGUCCAGAUGGAGAAAUAAUCCACUUGCAGAUUCCUUGGAAGAAAUGGGAACAGAAAAUAUGCAGUAUAAAAGGGCAUCUCGCCACCGAAGAGAUGAAGAUGUGAAAGAGAACCCAUCUGCUCCAACUUAUAAUUUGAGUGAAUACUUCAAACAAUUCCUGUUUCCUCAAAAUGAAUGUGAGCUUCACAACUUCCGACUAAGUUUUAGCCAACUGAAGUGGGACAAAUGGAUAAUAGCACCACACAGAUACAGCCCUCAAUAUUGCAAAGGUGACUGCCCAAGGGUGGUUGGGCAUCGUUAUGGGUCUCCUGUCCAUACAAUGGUACAGAACAUCAUAUAUGAGAAAUUGGACUCCUCUGUUCCAAGGCCUUCUUGCAUUCCUGCUGAAUAUAGCCCCUUGAGUGUCUUGACAAUAGAGCCUGAUGGUUCUAUAGUCUACAAAGAAUAUGAAGAUAUGAUAGCUACUAAAUGUACUUGUCGGUAA